AUGAUCAUCAAAGCAAAGAUUUAUUCAUUUGAUGCUAGAGUGACUCUUACACAAGUAUUUCGCAAUAACGCAGACACAUCAGUCGAAACUGUUUAUUGCUUUCCGGCUAAAACAACAGCAGGCACCAUUUAUUUAUUAUUAGCACAUAUUGAUGAUCAAGAUAUUGUCGAGAUCAAAGACGUACAAAGCAACUACAACAAUAUAUUGCAUCAAAAUGAUGAUGCCUGUUUAUUCGAACGAAAGGAAAAAUUACAAGACAACUUUAUUGUCAAAAUUGGCAGUUUGUCUCCGUCGCAAGAAUGUACAAUUUACAUCACUUAUGGCACAAAAUUAGAGUUUUUACCGAGUUCAAACAUUCAAUUCAUCGUUCCAAUGAUUAUUACACCUCAAUACAAAUCUGAAAAAUAUGAUACUUAUAGUUACGCACAGUCGAGUUCGUAUACUAUCGAUUUUCAUUGUUACGUAGAAAAAACGGACGAACAUAGUCAACGGGAGAUUGCUAAAAUCAGUUCACCAUCGCAUUUGGUCAACGCCGAAAUUAAUGAACAAAAUUCUUAUGUAGUCACAUUUGUUGAGCAGAACACUUAUUUGGAUCGAGACAUUCUGAUCAAUAUUGAACUAACCGAAAAACGAAUGGACGCAAAUAUGAACAUUGAACUAGGUGUAACUACAGUUCCUUUCUAUUACAGUACAAUAACUACCAAUAGUGUCGAUCAACCGUUUGAUUAUUAUUGUGUACUAGAUUUUGAAGCUGUAUGUCAUCAAGCGAAUUCUAACUUGAAAAAACCGUCACCCGACGAUAUUUGGGAAAUCAUUGAAUUUCCAAUUUGUUUACUAUCAGCUGAAACUAAUACAAUAGUUGAUAUUUAUCAUAGUUAUGUUCGACCAUCGAUUAAAACAACUUUGAAUGAAUUAUGUAUUUCGAUAACCGGUAUCACUCAAUCUAUUGUUGAUAAUUCUCCAACAUUUGAUAUUGUAUGGAAAGAUGUUCAACAAUUUUUACUUAAACAUUCAUUAAUCUCAUUAGCAGGUCAUAAUUCUAAUUGUCAUAGUUUUACUUGGAUAACAUGUGGCAAUUGGGAUUUACGAACAAUGCUAUCAUUACAACUGAAACAAAGUGGAUUUGACCACCCUGAAUUUAUCAAUGGAUUUAUUAACAUAAAAGAUUUGUACAUGGAAUAUUAUCCAUCAACUCGAAUUAGGGGAAUGAAAGAUUUAUUAAAGAAAUUAAAUUUGAAAUUAGAAGGACGACACCAUUCUGGAAUUGACGAUACAAAGAAUAUAACUAAAAUAGCACAAUGGUUUAUUGAAAAUAAACAUCCACUAAAAUUAACAUGGAAAAGAAAUGGAUAA